CCCUCUUCUGCUCUGCAUUAACUCUAAAGAUACCAGACAGUUUUGCAUAUUUUGUCAAAGCAAGAAUAUACAGUAUUUGCAGCGUUGACACUGAUAUCACCCCAUAUUCCAGAUGACUGCUCCUGUGGUUUUAUAGUGUAUAUAAGUGAUGAACAAUGCAUGGGACCACAUGGAACUAUAUAUGGCACAAACAGUCAGCAGCUCAAGUGCCAAACUGAUAGUAGUCACAUGGCAUGAAAUAGGUUUGAGAAUUGUGAAGCUAGGAAAGGAAUUUUUGUUUCUUUUUUUUUCCCCUUCCUAGGAUAUACAGCCUCACUGAUAGAUGGGCGCACACAACGCAGCAUCAAUGUCACCUUUUCUUUCAAUCCAGAUCGCCUCAAGCAUGCCAGACAAUAUGUGGAGAGAGCCAUCAAGCAAAGGAAGAUCUUUAUGGUCCAUGGUCCGUACCCCGUCAUCCGAAGACAACUUCUUGUCAGAGGUUGGGUGGAGAGGAAGUUCCCAAAGAUGCCUAAAGUUGUUACUAAGCGGGAACGUUUCCCUGAUGGCGAAGCUGAUGAAGAUGGCGAUGACAGUGAUGUAACUGAUGAUGAUGAGGAAGAGGAAGAUGAGCAGGAUGAUGCAGAUGGUAUCUAUAACCUCAUGUCAAGGUUGGUUCGUAACCAGAUCCCCUACUUCAUCUGGACCAAUCGGCGAGAUGUGAUUGAUUGUCGCUACAUGCGCAAGGACCAGAUGAUGAAUCACUAUGCUAAGGCAGGGACCUUCACUACCAAGGUAGGGCUGUGUCUUAACCUGCGUAAUCUCCCAUGGUUUGACCAGGCUGAUGCAGAUACAUUUUUCCCACGGUGUUAUCGUCUUGGAGCUAAAGAUGAAAAACAUGCUUUUAUUGAGGACUUCCAUCUCACUGCAGCCAGGAGCCUUCUCAAAAUAGUGGUGAAACGAUACUUGAAAAAGCCGACUUUCAUCACAGCCUUGGAUGAAAAUCAGAAUGAGUUCCUAAGUGGUCCGGGGUCUUCAGAAGCCAAGCAUCGCAUCCGCCACAAGAAAGGGGCCAAUUUCUCAGCCCAGCUGAUUGAGACAGCAAUACACGCUUGCGAGGAGCACUUGAGCAGCCUGAAACAUCAGGACAUCGACCGAGAAUCGGGAUCUGCCAUGCAGCUGUCAAAAGGACACUGGCAGGACUUUCUGCACAGCUACUAUCAGAUCGCCCACGAAGGGGCCCAGAUGACACAGACAGAGGGCCUCAUUGAGCGCUGUGAUGAUAUCUUGCAACGACUGCAAAAAGUCACCCCACAGUUGGACAUGGAAGGGGACAGGAACAUCUGGAUUGUCAAACCAGGAGCUAAGUCUCGUGGCAGAGGCAUCAUGUGCAUGGACCGCUUAGAGGAGAUUGUGAAACUAGUGGACUGUGACCCCAUGAUUGUCAAGGAUGGCAAAUGGGUGGUGCAGAAAUACAUCGAGACACCCCUGCUCAUCUUUGGCACCAAGUUUGACUUACGGCAAUGGUUUUUGGUAACUGAUUGGAAUCCGCUCACUAUAUGGUUCUAUCGACAUAGCUACAUCCGUUUCUCUACACAGCCCUUUUCCUUACACAAUCUGGAUACUUCCAUCCACCUGUGCAAUAACUCCAUCCAGAAACAUUAUGAGAAUUCCCUAAACCGCCAUUCUGAGCUUCCCCCAGACAACAUGUGGUCGUCUGAUCAAUUCCAGAUCCACCUGCGGAAAAUGGGAGCACCAGAGGCCUGGUCUAAGGUGAUUGUGCCUGGCAUGAAGGCGGCCAUCAUUCACGCCAUACAGACCUCUCAGGACCUCGUGGAGUUCCGCAAAAACAGCUUUGAGCUUUAUGGGGCAGACUUUCUCUUUGGAGAAAACUAUCAGCCGUGGCUGAUUGAGAUCAAUGCCAGCCCCACCAUGGCAGCCUCUACAUCUGUCACCACCCGACUGUGUGCCAGUGUGCAGGAAGAUACUUUGCGUGUGGUCAUUGACCGCAAAUACGAUCGCAACUGCAACACAGGAAACUUUGAGCUCAUCUAUAAACAGGCUGCUGUGGAGAUUCCCCAAUACAUUGGCAUUAGCCUUUUGGUAGAAGGAUCCACAGUGAAGAAGCCUCAACCUCCACCCCAAAGAAGCCCCCCUCCAGCCACUGACACCAAGAACGGCUGCAAUGCUCCACAGCAGCAAAGAGUUCCUAAAUCGAUUCACCGGCGCAAUAACCAGAGUCUUCCUCGUGCACCUACCCCAUGCUGGACAGCAGCAAACAACAAGACCACAGAGCCAGGAGCUCCUGGGAAGGAGAACAAAGUUAAAGAGAAGCCCACCCCUAGCAAACUCGCUCCUUCAAGCUCGGUGAAAUUUAAGCUGCCCAGCAAGCUCAAAGUAGACCCCGGUAACCGAAGAGUGCUGAUGGCACACAGUAUGGCUACGACAACGGUCGUAACAGGAGGUAAAGUGACACAGCCAGCUCAGCUCUGUGCCAAAUCGAGCUCUCAGGAAUUGACUGCUAACCCCCAGGAGUCUACUGUCAAUCAUGCCAAGCUCACCAGUAUGGUAGGUAGGAAGCCGGGCCUGAGGCUACAUCUGCAGGAAAUCCAUACUGUCUCUGGCCUGGCUGUUCCCUGCAGGCUCCCAUGCCUCUUCUGCAGAGAUGGAAAGGCUGUGGCAAAUUUGCAAAGGCUGUGUUGCUGUUCCAGAGUUGGGCCUUUACUUCCUGCAACUCCCAAAUUCUUCUACCGCAAAGCAGUCACCACUUGCCCGGCUCAGGAUCAGCAGCAGCUGCCACUUCUUGUACCAGCUUUUGACAACCAGAUGUCUGUCUUGCCUCGUGUGGGGGGGAAAGAUUCUGAAUCCGCAUUGACUAAUUCUACCCGGGCGGCUGAUUCUGUGUCUUCAUUCUGAUAAACAGGGAGGAGUUGCUCCAUGUGAGUUGCCCUUAGGAAAUUUGCCUUGCUUGGCCAAAGCCUUGCUUUUUUUUUUUUUUUAAGUGGUUAACGUUCCCCCCCCCCCAGCUGGUGCUGAGAGUCUGAAAAAAAUAACUGUCAUUCAGAAAGGGGAAUUCGGUUCCUGCUGUGGCUCUCUUCCUGUGAUUGGAGGAUGUUCUGAAGUUCUCAUUCGCUUGUCCUGGAAAAUAAGUGGGGGUUUUUUUUUUGUGUGACUCCGUUCCUCCUUGACACAAAAGAAGGGAAAUGACUGAAAACUGUGGGAAAUUAUUAUGGGAAUAAUAAGACUGAAUUUGUCAAAAGCAAAAAAAAAACAACAUCUGGGCCAUUGAAGCAAAAGAAGAGGGGAAAAGAACAUUCGAGAUUCAGUCUACAGGCUGUGCUUGCAACAGAGGGACCAACUCAGAAAAAUCCUUUGUUCUUCUAAAAACAGUUUUUAGCAUUAUUUAAUGAAUACUUUAUGCAGUUUUAUAGCAGUGGUGGUGGGUUUGGUGCUUUUAAACACUCUUUUAAGAGGAGACAGAAAAUUAUUUUGAACAUCCUGCUGCAACAGUGUGCACAUUUCACAAAAACUGUUUGGUGCCACCCAACUUAUGUGCCAACAUAAUCACUGACUAUAUGUGCCUAUAUAUCUGUGUGCAAGGCAGCCAACUCAGUCCUCCAUCUUGCCAAAAUGCAUCUCUCUAAAUGUUUUUUCCAUGGCCCUGCGUUUCCUCUUACUCACCUCCUUCCGCAGAAACCUUUGUUUUUCUACUCUACUCAAUAUUUACCUUCUGUCUUACUUCCUUUAGAUCCACUACACACAAACAUAUUUCAGCCAUUUUGACUCCUCUAUAACAAUCUGAUAUUCACUACUAAGACAAUGGGCAUCUGCAGAGAAGGCCAGUGAAGAAUUGGAAACAAACACUUUUUGUCAUUAAAAAAAAAUGUUGUGGCACUCAUGGGAGUAUAAUGGGGAAGAUUAGGGCAAACCUCUGAGAAUACUUUAAUGUCCUUAGAUGGUGUCCUUAACUCAGAUGUUAGUGUUUCUCAACCUUGCUGGCUUGAAGCUGUGUGAACUUCAACUCCCAGAAUUCCAUGCUGGCUGUGGAAUUCUGGGAGUAGAAGCCCACACAGCUUCAAGCCAGCAAGGUUGAGAAACACUGCUUUAGAGGGAUGACAUUAGUAGUAUACGUCCUGGAAAAUCAUCUACAGUACUUAAAGGUGGAAAGAUGACUUUCCAUCUCCAGUGUUCUUGUGCCUACCUUAACUAUCCUCAAGAGUACAACCUGCUUCAAUCUGGUUACUUCUAACUGGCAAGGCUGUGAGAUGCUUCUAUGGUGAUGCCGAAAAAAAUGUUAUGGAGUAUGUGGAAGCACGCUCGCAGCACUCGUCUGUGACUUAGGAAAGUAGACAUACCUGUUUCCAGAAUGGGAAAAGAUGUGGCUGCUUUACUGUGCUGUAGCCAAGUACAGUGGAUGCAUUUGUAACAUUAUACAACCUAUUGAUCCUGGUAGGACAUACCAUUUGGCCACAGCAGCACAUUACCUGGGUAUUAUAACGUUGGAUGGAAAGUUGGGAACUGGUUUGGAUUGCUUCAGCUUGUUCUCUGGUGACAAUGAAAGCAAUUGGAGUGCCAUGAAGUUUAUUAAAUGGUUAGCUGCAGAAAGACAUUGAGACGUGAGAUGACUCACAGACUUUGGGGUAUGCUAGAAAUGUUUCAAUAACCACUUUAUUAUAAAUAAUCAUGCUUUUUACCAGGUGUCCCAUAGUUUCAGUUUAGGAAAGGGGUCUUCAAACUUGGCCCUUUUAUGACUUGUGGACUUCAAUUCCCGGAAUUCCUCAGCCAGUGUGCCUGGCUGAGGAAUUCUGGGAGUUGAGGUCCACAAGUCAUAAAAGGGCCAAGUUUAAAGACCCUUGGUUUAGGAUAUGCUCCCACAAAUGGAAAUGCUCCACUAGAGAUUAAAAACUGGCUGGGCUGGACUAUAAUUACCAACUUUCCAUAAUUCAUCGUAUUGGCUGGGAAUGAGAUUGGAGUACAACAGUAUCUGAGCGCCUAAUUUCCUCACUUCUGUUCUUCCUGUUACUUUCCAUAUUUUGAGGCACAAUCUGAGGUUUAUUCUUAUCUAGAAAGCUCUAAAUAGUGUAUCUCCACGUUGUCCAUGAAACUAUAUGUUCCUGUGCCUCAGCAUAUUCUUUUCCUUGAUUUUCCUCCAUCUGUUUGUGUUUCCCCUUCAAAAUUAUUCCAACAUUACUAGAACAAUCUAAAGUGGUUCUUCCCAGUCUCACUUGCUUUUCUAAACACUUCAGAGCUUUCUCAGCAUCUUCUCCAGAGAUUGAUGCCCUUAACAGCAAUUCAGACUCAUUACUUUGGGGACCUUUUCUGCUUCUAUAAUUGCUUUGUCUUAUUGUAUUUAGUCAUCCUCAAAAUUGUAGUAAAUGUCAAAAUUUGUUAUUUCUGUUUCAAUUGGACAUUUGAGCAUGGAAGAAAAAAUAAUUGUAAAUUUGCUUUCUUUUAAGCCAGUAGCUAAUUUUAAUUUUUGCUGGUGGAUUUAUUUGAUUGAUUAGGGUUUUUUUUGGGGGGGGUCACAUUUCCUGUUUAGAAUUUGGUUAAUAGGACCUUUUGACUGAUGUCUUCACCAAACAAAGUAUGGUUAAAUUUUGAUUUAGUUUAUGUAAUGCAUGCUAAGAUGGAAUUUUGAGUUUUUCCCCCUUUGUUUUUUGGGGGGAGUAAUUCAUAAUCUUUACUAACCAGAGCAUAUUCAGCCCCACUGAAGGCUUAAGAAUAUAUCUUUUAUUGCUUUUGCAUGGAGAAUAUGACGACUUGGAGUGGAGAUAAGGCCAUAACCUACUCUGCGCCCUCUUGGAUUAUGGCUGUAACUGUAUUUGUACUGGGUCUCCCGAGGCCUUUCUCAGACGUUAAAUUCAUCUCUUGACUGAAGGAAACCAACUGAUCAUAAUGGAGUACACAUUUUGUAUCUAAAAAGUUCCAGAAGCCAUUCAGUCUACAAAAUGUCCGUAGAUGGGACUUGUAUAGUCUUUUGCUUGUGAUCUUGGUGAGAUAUUAACAGCCACAAUGUAUAAUCAUGGCUUUGGUGAUUCCUAAGUUUAGGUUUCCAAGCACUGUAGGACUGUAUCUCUCAUCAGCUUAAGAUCCAGGGUUAGAGAUUACUAAAUCAGAUGGACUAAUUUACUCUGGCACAAGACUGCUUCUUAAAUAAAUGAGCGUGAAGUUCCCACAUACUCUAGCAUGCUAUUUCCAUAUAAAUAUUAUUCCAUAUAUUUUCUACUGGCCCUGGCACCAUGCACAAAAGGAACCUGUGUCAUAUAGUGGGCAAUUCCUCUCUCCCCCAACUCUGCUAAAUUUCAGUGUUUCAAAUUUUUAUAAGCAUGCAUAUUUUUUCUUAAGAUGGGAAAGAAUGCAGUCCAAAAAUUUUAUAUAUUUAUAAAUUUUAUUACAAUCCAUAAAUUAUGUAUUUUAGGCAGUCAAGUAUAUCCUAUUUUACUUUUAACAUAUUUACAUUUAGGUCUUGUAACAGCGUGGUUUGUAAAUUCUUUGUAAAACAAUAAAUUUUACUUUUGUAAUCUACUAGUCUAAUCCUUGGAGAACAGUUUUAAUGUUUAAAGCCAACAAGUCAAAACCUUUUUCAGUGCUAUCAAAAAGAAGAAAAUGGGAUAAUCAUUUAUAUAUAAAGUAACAGAAACUGAAGCAAGCAUUAGUAAUGUUUUCUCCAUUAGCAGUUCUUACUACAGUAUGUGUGAGAUAAAGCUGUCUAUGUUCUACAUAUAGAAAUUUCCUUAGAACAAUGAUUCUCAGCCUUAGCAAGUUUUAAGAUGUGUGGACUUUGACACCCAGAAUUCUGGGAGUUGAAGUCCACAAAUCUUAAACUUGCUAAGAUUGAGAAACACUGCCUUAGAACACUAGUAAUUUUUAGAUUAGUAAUUUUUAGUCCACGAUUCUUUACAGAACUACUCUUACAACUAACAGAACUGCUUCCUCAAACAUCCAGAUUUAUGCAAAAUAAGAGAUGGGGAAGCUGUGGUCUUCUGGAUGUUACCGGAUUCCAACAUUAAGCCAAUACAUUUGUAGACAUUAUAUACAUUCUAAUUCAUAAUUUAAGCCACUUUCUGGAUUGCAGUCGUCACAUUACUGUAUGUGCUCACGUACAAGCCAUACUGCAGAUAAGCUGACCCUUAAAUUUUUUUAAUUUUCAUAAUUGGCUUAUCUGCAUGUGAUAUAUUUUAUAGUGUUUUGGUUAAAAAUUCAAGGGUUGACGUAUCUGCAAUUGGGCUCCUACAUUGGUAUAUAUGGAAUAUAAGGGUACUUUAAAAAUAAAAUUCCCACAUAUACUUGCAGAACCCAACCAAAUUUUGGAACUGUAUUUUGGCUCCCCCAAUUCUUCGUUUAUCCAAGUAUGUCUAUGGGACUCUAAGAUCAAGUAUUUUAGAUCUUCAGCCUAACAAAAGUUGCAUAUACUUGAUAUAAAUUUUUUUUCCAGAUGUUGCAAACACUAUUUGCAAGGAUAAAUUUCAGUUCCUCUUUAUUCUCUCAAGUCUAGUGUAUCUGAAGACCAUCUGCAUGUACAACUGGAAUAGGUGAUUUUUUUUUAUCAAAAUAAAUUCUAGGUUGUACUUUUUAUAGUGGAUACCUGGGUGCGGAGAAGAAUCUGCAGAUGUAUUGCAUUUCUUCAUGUUACUGUCAGAUAAAUAGCUAUGAUCCUAAUGCUCCCUUUCCCUGGGGAAACGGCUCCAAAGCUCUCCCAGUACGUGUUAUCAUCAUCAAUGAGCAAAAAAAAAAAAAAAAAAAAAGUGCCCUUGUCUAUUUUCUUGGUUGCAUCAGGCCUAAGACCAGUGGUGGGAUUCAAAUAUGUGAACAACCGGUUCUCUGUGUGGAUGCCGCUUCCAGAAGUCCAUUCUGGGUCUGGGCAACAAAAAAUUAGCUACUGGUUCUGCCGUAAAAAUUAG